AUGAAAUAAUAAGAAAUUAAUAAAUAAAUAAUAAAAUCAAAUGUUAAAAAUAAAAAAAUGAAUUAAAUUAAGAAAGUUAGAAGAAAAAAAACACAAAUACAAUAAAAAAGAAAAAAAAAGUAAAUCAAAAAAAAAGCUAAUAAACAAGUUAAAAGAGAUUUUUUGUUUUAAUUCAUUUCAAUAAGUAAAAAUAUAUCAUAAUCAAAAACUAAAAAACAGUUUUUAUCAAGUAAAAAUUUUAGAAAGAAAAAAUAUGAAAUAAUAAUAAAUGGAAAAUUAAUUUAAAAGAUUUUAAAUGAAAAUUAAGUUAAAAUAACUAAAAAAACAUUUUUAAACAAAAUGUAGGAAUUUAUGUGA